UAUAGUAUAUAAUAAUUAUCGUACCGUGACGAGUGUGAAUGGUCCACUAGUGAUCUUAGACAACAUCAAAGGGCCACGUUACAGUGAAAUUGUGAAUAUCAAAUUAGGGGAUGGGAGUACCCGUAAAGGUCAAGUAUUAGAAAUUGCUGGGAACAAAGCUGUUGUUCAAGUCUUUGAAGGGACAUCGGGGAUAGAUGCGAGACAAACGCGAUGUGAAUUUACAGGGGAUGUCUUAACUAUUCCAGUCUCAGAAGAUAUGUUAGGCCGAGUCUUUAAUGGGUCUGGGAAACCUGUAGAUAAAGGGCCGAAUGUGAUUGCUGAGGAUUAUCUUGAUAUUAAUGGGCAACCUAUUAAUCCAGCGAAUCGUGUGUAUCCCGAAGAAAUGAUUCAAACGGGUAUUUCAGCUAUAGAUGUGAUGAAUUCGAUUGCACGAGGACAAAAGAUCCCAAUCUUCUCUGCUGCUGGUCUUCCACACAAUGAAAUUGCUGCACAGAUCUGUAGACAAGCCGGAUUAGUCAAACAUAAAGGCCUUGGAGUAGUUGAUACCCAUGAAGAUAACUUUGCGAUAGUAUUUGCGGCUAUGGGUGUUAAUAUGGAAACAGCUCGAUUCUUUAGACAAGACUUUGAAGAGAAUGGAUCAAUGGAACGAGUCACUUUAUUCUUAAAUCUAGCUAACCACCCGACUAUUGAACGUAUUAUUACACCACGUCUUGCUUUAACUACAGCAGAAUACUUUGCGUACACUUGCGAUAUGCACGUCUUGGUCAUUUUAACAGAUAUGAGCUCAUACGCCGAUUCGUUGAGAGAAGUCUCAGCGGCGCGUGAAGAAGUCCCGGGCCGUCGUGGGUAUCCCGGGUAUAUGUAUACCGAUCUUGCGUCGAUUUAUGAACGAGCUGGGCGUGUCAAUGGCCGUGUAGGGUCGAUUACUCAGAUUCCUAUAUUGACUAUGCCUAAUGAUGAUAUCACACAUCCUAUUCCAGAUUUGACUGGGUAUAUCACAGAAGGCCAGAUCUAUGUUGAUAGACAAAUGCAUAAUAGACAAAUCUAUCCUCCUAUUAAUGUAUUACCAUCUUUAAGUAGAUUAAUGAAGUCCGCUAUCGGUGAAGGAAUGACUCGUGAAGACCAUUCGGAAGUCUCGAAUCAAUUGUACGCUAACUACGCUAUUGGUAAAGACGCACAAUCAAUUAAAGCAGUCGUCGGUGAAGAAGCUUUAAGUAUGGAAGAUAAAUUGGCGUUGGAAUUCUUGGACAAAUUCGAGUCAAAAUUCAUCGCACAAGACUACUACGAAUCAAGAGAUAUCUUCCAAAGCUUGGACUUGGCUUGGUCUUUACUCAGAACUUUCCCCCGUGAUAUGUUGAAAAGAAUUUCUAAUGAGACUCUCGAUAAGUACUAUGACCCAAGCCCCGAAGCUCAAGCCGCUAGAGAUAUCAAAGAAGACAAAGGUGAAAAAUAA